AUGGCCUGGGGCCCCCUGGCUCAGCUCCUGCUGGCCUGGACGGCCCUGUCAUGCGUGGCGGGUGUCUGGGGCCGCUGGGACGGGGCGACGGAGGCUGCAGGUCCAGGACGUGUGCGCAGGCGCGGCAGCCCAAGCAUCUUGCAGGGGCCGAAUGUGUGUGGCUCUCGCUUCCACGCCUACUGCUGUCCCGGCUGGAGGACGCUGCCUGGCGGGAACCAGUGUGUCGUGCCUGUCUGUAGGCACGCCUGCGGCGAGGGCUUCUGCUCGCGGCCCAACCUGUGCGCCUGUGCCGACGGGACGCUGGCCCCCAGCUGCGUAGGGAGCCGAGGGUCAGCGUGCAGUGUGAGCUGCAUGAACGGCGGCAGCUGCCGGGGGGAGUCCUGCCUGUGCCAGAGGGGCUACACGGGCACCGUGUGUGGGCAGCCCGUCUGUGACCGCGGCUGCCACAACGGGGGCCGCUGCAUCGGGCCGAACCACUGCGCCUGUGUGUACGGCUUCAUGGGGCCUCAGUGUGAGAGAGACUACCGGACGGGGCCCUGUUUUGGCCAAGUGGGCCCCGAGGGGUGCCACCAUCACCUGACAGUCCUCGUCUGCACCAAGGCGCUCUGCUGUGCCACUGUAGGCCGGGCCUGGGGCCUCCCGUGUGAGCUCUGCCCUGCACAGCCACACCCCUGUCGCCGUGGCUUCAUUCCCAAUAUCCACACGGGGGCCUGCCAAGAUGUGGACGAGUGCCAGGCUGUCCCAGGCCUGUGCCAGGGGGGCAGCUGCGUCAACACUGUGGGCUCCUUUGAAUGCCGCUGCCCGGCUGGACACCUGCUCAGUGAAAACAGUGCCAAGUGUGAAGAUGUGGACGAGUGUCUCAGGGUGCCGGGCCUCUGCUCUGGGGGCGACUGCACCAACACAGUCGGGAGCUACGUGUGCACCUGUCCCCGUGGGUUUGCCAGCAGCCUGGACGGCACCCGCUGCCUGGACCACCGGGCCGGCACCUGCUUCUCGGCGCUGAUUACAGGCCGCUGUGCCGGGGACCUCGCCGGCCACUACACUCAUAGGCAGUGUUGCUGUGACAAGGGCAGGUGUUGGGCGGCUGGCCCAGCCCCUGAGCUGUGUCCUCCGCGGGGCUCUGAAGAGUUCCAGCGACUGUGCGUGCAGGGUUUCCCUCUGCUGCCCUCCUACCCUGGCCCCUUCCCUGGCCUUCCUGGCUUCGGAUCCAACGGCGUGGGUCCCGGCCUUGGGCCAGCACGGCACAGCCCCCACGGCUCCAAUGGGCAUGGGGUUCCCAGCCUGGGCCUCGGCGAUGCCAACAUUGGGACGGCCACACUGAACCAGACAAUCGACAUCUGCCGACACUUCACCAACCUGUGUCUCCAUGGCCGCUGCCUGCCCACCCCGUCCAGCUACCGCUGCGAGUGUCACGUGGGCUACACACAGGAUGUUCGUGGCGAGUGCAUCGACGUGGACGAAUGUGCCAGCAGCCCCUGCCGCCACGGAGACUGCGUCAACACCCCCGGCUCCUACCACUGCGGGUGCCAUGAGGGUUUCCAGGCCACGCUCACCAAGCAGGCGUGCGUGGACGUGGACGAGUGCGUUGUCAGCAGUGGCCUGUGCCAGCACGGCCGCUGCGUCAACGUGGAGGGCAGCUUCCAGUGCAUCUGCAACGCAGGCUUCGAGCUCAGCCCUGACAGCAAGAGCUGUGUGGACCACAACGAGUGUGCCACCACCACCAUGUGCACCAACGGCAUGUGUCUCAACGAGGAUGGCAGCUUCACGUGUCUCUGCAAGUCUGGCUUCCUGCUGGCGCCCGGUGGCCGCUACUGCGUGGACAUCGACGAGUGCCAGACACCGGGCAUCUGCAUGAACGGCCACUGCACCAACACCGAGGGCUCGUUCCACUGCCGCUGCCUGGGGGGGCUGGCAGUGGGUGUGGACGGCCGUGUGUGCGUGGACACCCACGUGCGCAGCACGUGCUAUGGGACCCUGGAGAAGGGCUCCUGCGCCCGCCCCUUCCCCGGCGCUGUCACCAAGUCCGAGUGUUGCUGUGCUAGCCCAGAUCACGGGUUUGGGGAGCCCUGCCAGCUGUGUCCCGCUAAGAACUCUGCUGAGUUCCAGGCCCUGUGCAGCAGUGGUCUCGGCAUCACGGCGGAUGGCAGAGACAUCAACGAGUGUGCCCUCGACCCUGACAUCUGUGCCAACGGCAUAUGCGAGAACCUGCGGGGCGGCUACCGCUGUGUCUGCAACCUGGGCUAUGAGGCGGGCGAGGCCGGCAAGGAGUGCAGGGACGUGGACGAGUGUGCCCUCAACAGCCUCCUGUGUGACAAUGGCUGGUGCCGGAACAGCCCUGGCAGCUACAGCUGCUCCUGUCCCCAGGGCUUCAGCCUCCGGCAGGACACUGAGACCUGCGAAGACAUCGAUGAGUGCCUGUCCAACCCGUGUGUGAAUGGCAUGUGCCAGAACCUGGCCGGCUCCUACUCCUGCGAAUGUGCCCCUGGCAGCCGGCUGGGGCCCUCCGGCACCGUGUGCCUAGACAGCACCAAGGGCACCUGCUGGCUGAAGGUCCAGGAUGGCCGCUGCGAGGCGAACCUGCUCGGAGCCACCUUGCGGUCUGCGUGCUGCGCCACCCUCGGGGCCGCCUGGGGGAGCCCCUGUGGACGCUGCGAGAUGGACCCCGCCUGUGCCCGCGGCUUUGCCCGCAUGAAGGGGCUCGCGUGUGAAGAUGUGAACGAGUGCGAGGUCUUCCCCGGUGUCUGUCUCAAUGGGCGUUGCCUCAACACCGCCGGCUCCUUCCGCUGCGAGUGUCCCCAGGGCCUGACGCUGGACACCACAGGCCGGCUGUGCGUGGACGUGCGCCUGGAGCCGUGUUUCCUGCACUGGGACGAGGACGUGUGUGGGGCCGCCCUGCCCGGCAAGUACCGGAUGGAUCUCUGCUGCUGUUCCGUGGGCGCCGCGUGGGGGUCCGCAUGCGAGGCCUGCCCGGAGCCCGAGUCCCCAGCGUUCGCCAGCCUGUGUCCCCGGGGGCUGGGCUUUGCCAGCCGGGACUUCCUGUCUGGCCGGCCCUUCUAUAAAGAUGUGAACGAAUGCAAAGCGUUCCCCGGCCUCUGCGUGCACGGCACCUGCCGCAACACCGUGGGCAGCUUCCGCUGCUCCUGUGCAGGGGGCUUCGCCCUGGACGCCCAUGAGAGGAACUGCACAGACAUCGACGAGUGUCGCAUCUCCCCCGACCUGUGUGGCCAGGGCGCCUGUGUCAACACCCCGGGCGGCUUCGAGUGCGAGUGUUUCCCCGGCUACGAGGGUGGCUUCGUGCUGAUGAAGAGCUGCGUGGACGUGGAUGAGUGUGCGCGGGACCCGCGGCUGUGCCGGGGCGGCACCUGUACCAACACGGAUGGGAGCUACGAGUGCCAGUGUCCCCCUGGACACGCACUGACGGCCCAGCGCACAGCCUGUGAGGACAUCGACGAGUGCUCCCUGAGGGAUGGCCUGUGUCCCCACGGCCACUGCGUCAACGUCAUCGGCGCCUUCCAGUGCUCCUGCCACGCCGGCUUCCAGAGCACCCCGGACCGCCAGGGCUGCGUGGACGUCAACGAGUGCGGCACUGGGAACGGCGGAUGUGACGUGCACUGCGUUAACACCGAGGGCAGCUACCGGUGCGGCUGUGCGCCCGGCUACUCGCUGAUGCCCGACGGGAGGGCCUGCGCAGACGUGGACGAGUGCGAAGAGAACCCGGAUAUCUGCGAGGGCGGCCAGUGCACCAACGUGCCCGGGGGACACCGCUGCCUGUGUUACAACGGCUUCGUGGCCACGCGGGACGCGGGGACGUGUGUUGACGUGAACGAGUGUGACCUGAACCCCCACUUCUGCCUCCACGGGGCCUGCGAGAACACAAAGGGAUCCUUUGUCUGCCACUGUCAGCCGGGUUACGUCAUCAGGAAGGGGGCCACGGGCUGCUCCGACGUGGACGAAUGUGCGCUUGGGGGACACAGCUGUGACAGCCAUGCCUCCUGCUUCAACGUCCCCGGGAGCUUCGCCUGCAGGUGCCAGCCGGGCUGGGCGGGGGAUGGCUUCGAGUGCCACGAUCUGGACGAAUGCGCCUUCCGGGAGCACCGGUGCAGCCCCAGAGCCGACUGCCUGAACGUCCCCGGCUCCUACCGCUGCGCCUGCCGUUGGGGUUUCGCCGGGGACGGCUUCUCCUGUGAAGACAGAGACGAAUGUGCGGAGGACAUGGACCUCUGCGAGAACGGGCAGUGUCUCAAUGUCCCCGGCGGCUACCGCUGCGAAUGCGAGAUGGGCUUCAGCCCCACGGAGGACCACCGGGCCUGCCAGGACGUGAACGAGUGUGUCCUGGGGAACCUCUGUGUGUUUGGGAGCUGUGAGAACCUGCCUGGAAUGUUCCGCUGCGUCUGCGACGAGGGCUACGAGCUGGACCGUAGUGGCAGCAACUGCACAGAUGUCAACGAGUGUGCCGACCCCGUGACCUGCUUCAACGGCCUGUGCGUCAACACGCCCGGCAGCUACCGCUGCAGCUGUCCCCCGGACUUCGAGCUGAGCCGCAGCGGGGUGGGCUGUGUGGACACCCGGGCCGGGAACUGUUUCCUGGACACGCACGACCGAGGGGACGGUGGCAUUUCUUGCGCUGCUGAGAUCGGGGUUGGCGUGAGCCGAGCCUCCUGCUGCUGCUCUCUGGGCCGGGCCUGGGGCACCCCCUGCGAGCUGUGUCCGGCCGCCAACACCACUGAGUACAGAACCCUGUGCCCAGGUGGCGAGGGCUUCAGGCCCAACCCCGUCACUGUCAUCCUGGAAGACAUCAACGAGUGCCAGGAGCUCCCAGGGCUGUGCCAGGGGGGCGACUGUGUCAACACCUUCGGCAGCUUCCAGUGCGAGUGCCCAGUCGGCUACCACCUCAAUGAAGACACGCGUAUCUGUGAGGACAUCGACGAAUGCUCUGUGCACUCGGGCAUCUGCGGCCCUGGGACCUGCUACAACACUCUGGGGAACUACACAUGUGUCUGCCCUGCGGAAUACCUGCAAGUCAAUGGCGGCAACAACUGCAUGGACAUGAGGAAGAGUGUCUGCUUCCGGCACUACAACGGUACCUGUUGGAAUGAGCUGGCCUUUAACAUGACCCGGAAGAUGUGCUGCUGCUCCUACAACAUUGGCCAGGCCUGGAAUAGACCCUGCGAGGCCUGCCCCACCCCUGCCAGCCUGGACUACCAGAUCCUGUGCGGAAACCAGGUGCCCGGCUUCGUCAUUGACAUCCACACGGGGAAGCCCCUCGACAUCGACGAGUGCGGGGAGAUCCCUGCCGUCUGCGCCCACGGUGUCUGCAUCAACCAGAUCGGGAGCUUCCGCUGCGAGUGCCGCACCGGCUUCAGCUACAACAGUGCACUGCUGGCCUGCGAAGAUGUGGACGAGUGUGCCAACGGGGAGGGCCCCUGCCAGCAGAAUGCCGACUGCGUCAACAUCCCCGGCAGCUUCCGCUGCAAGUGUGCUCCCGGGUACAAGCUGUUGCCAGGCGGGGCUUGCGUGGGACGGAAUGAGUGUCGGGAGAUCGCAAAUGUCUGCAGCCACGGCGACUGCGUGGACACGGAGGGCAGCUACACGUGCCUGUGUCACCCCGGCUUCCGGGCCUCAGCGGACCAGACCCUGUGCACGGACGUGGACGAGUGUGACUGGCAGCCCUGUGGAAACGGGACCUGUAAGAACCUCGUCGGCUCCUACACCUGCCUCUGCUUCCCCGGCUUUGCAGUGACGCACAGUGGAGGUUGCACAGACGUGGAUGAGUGCACCACCCUGGCAGGACAGGUAUGCCGCUUUGGCCAGUGCAUCAACACGGCUGGCUCCUUCCACUGCCUCUGCCAGGAUGGCUUUGAGCUCUCGGCUGAUGGGAAGAACUGUGUGGACACCAACGAGUGUCUCAGCCUUGUGGGAGCCUGCCUGCCAGGCACCUGCCAGAACCUCGAGGGCUCCUUCCGCUGCAUCUGUCCCCCUGGCUUCCAGGUGCAGAAUGACCAUUGCGUCGACAUCGACGAGUGCUUGGAGGAGCCCAACCUCUGCCACUUUGGCACCUGUGCCAACAGCCCUGGGAGCUUCCACUGCCUCUGCCCACCUGACUUUGUCCUGUCUGACAGCGGGCAUCGUUGUUUUGACACCCGGCAGAGUUUCUGCUUCACCCGUUUCGAGGCUGGAAAGUGCUCGGUGCCCAAAGCUUUUAACACCAGCAAGAGCCGGUGCUGCUGCAGCCAGAGGCCCGGCGAGGGCUGGAGCGAGCCGUGUGAGCUGUGUCCCCAGGAGGGCAGUGCUGCCUUCCAGGACCUCUGCCCCUUCGGCCACGGGGCGGUCCCAGGCCCAGACGACUCUCGGGAAGACGUGAAUGAGUGUGCGGAGAAUCCCGGCGUGUGUGCCAACGGCCUCUGUGUCAACACCGACGGCUCCUUCCGCUGCGAGUGUCCGUUUGGCUACAGCCUGGACUUCACGGGCGUCAGCUGUCAGGACAUAGACGAGUGUUCCGUCGGGCACCCCUGUGGGGAAGGGACCUGCACCAAUGUCAUUGGAGGCUUCGAAUGUGCCUGUGCCGAUGGCUUUGAGCCCGGCCCCAUGAUGACCUGCGAGGACAUCGACGAGUGCUCCCUGAAUCCCCUGCUCUGUGCCUUCCGCUGCCACAACACCGAGGGCUCCUACGUGUGCACCUGCCCGGCCGGCUACACCCUGCGGGAUGACGGGGCCAUGUGCCGAGACGUGGACGAGUGUGCAGACGGCCAGCAGGACUGCCACGCCCGGGGCAUGCUGUGCAAGAACCUCAUCGGCACCUUCGCCUGCGUCUGCCCCCCGGGCAUGCGGCCCCAGCCCGGCUCCGGAGAGGGCUGCACAGAUGACGACGAAUGCCGCGUCCAGCCCAGCCUCUGUGCCAACGGCCGCUGCGUCAACACCGCGGGCAGCUUCCGCUGUGACUGUGACGAGGGUUUCGAGCCCAGCCCCGCCCUCACUGUGUGCCACGACAUCCGGCAGGGCCCCUGCUUCUCCGAGGCGCUGCAGGUCGCGUGCCAGGCUCAGUUGAGCGGCGGUGAGGCGGCCACCAGGGCCCAGUGCUGCUGCGGGGGUGGCCGUGCCUGGGGGCCCCGCUGCGAGCUCUGUCCUCUGCCUGGCACCUCUGCCUACCGGAAGCUGUGCCCCCACGGCUCGGGCUACACCGCCGAGGGCCGAGACGUGGACGAGUGCCACAUGCUCUCCAACCUGUGUCCUCACGGCGAGUGCAUCAACACCCUGGGCUCCUUCCGCUGCCACUGCCAGGCUGGCUACACCCCAGAUGCCACCGCCACAACCUGCCUGGAUGUGGAUGAGUGCAGCCAGACCCCCAAGCCGUGUAUCUUCCUCUGCAAAAACACGGAGGGCAGCUUCCUGUGCGCCUGCCCCCGUGGCUACCUGCUGGAGGACGACGGCAGGACCUGCAAAGACCUGGACGAGUGCUCCUCCAGGCAACACAACUGCCAGUUCUUCUGUGCCAACACCGUCGGCUCCUUCACCUGCCACUGUCCCCCCGGCUUCACCCAGCACCACCAGGCCUGCUUCGACAACGACGAGUGCUUGACCCAGCCUGGCCCGUGUGGCCCCCGUGGACAUUGCCACAACACCCCGGGCAGCUUCAGCUGUGAAUGCUUUCAAGGCUUUGCUCUGGACAGCUCGGGCCGUGGCUGCGAAGACGUGGAUGAAUGCGACGGGCCCCACCGCUGCCAGCACGGCUGCCAGAAUGAGCUGGGGGGCUACCGCUGCGCCUGCCCUCAGGGCUUCACCCCGCACUCCCAGUGGAGCCAGUGUGUGGAUGAGAAUGAGUGUGUCCUGUCGCCCGCGGCCUGCGGCAGCGCCUCCUGCCACAACACGCUGGGUGGCUUCCGCUGCGUCUGCCCCUCUGGCUUCGACUUCGACCAGGCCCUGGGGGGCUGCCAGGAUGUGGACGAGUGUGCCCCGCGGGGCGGCCCCUGCAGCUACGGCUGCGCCAACACCCCCGGGGGCUUCGUGUGCGGCUGUCCCCGGGGCUACUUCCGGGCAGGGCAAGGGCACUGUGUCUCCGGCCUGGGCUUCAGCCCCGAGCCCCCGAACGCCCCAGAUGAUGAUGCCCAGCUGCUCCCGCCCGAAGCCUGCUACGAGUGCAAGAUCAACGGCCUCCCGGCUCGUGACCGGCCUCGGCGCAGCGUGCACGGGGACCACCAGGUGAGCCUGGCCAGCCUGGACUCGGAGACCCCGCUGACCAUGGGCCUGAACCUCUCACGCCUGGGCCGGGCCGAGCACAUCCUGGAGCUGCGGCCGGCGCUGGAGAGCCUGGGGGGCCGGGUGCGCUACGUCCUUGCCCGCGGCCACGAGCGAGGUUUCUUCCGCGUGCGUCACCUCCACCGCCUCAGCAUCCUGCAGCUGGGGCGUCGGAGGCCGGGGCCUGGAACCUACGAGCUGGAGGUGGUGAGCGUGGCAGAGCCCCGGGGCCCCAGGCCAGAGAGGCGGCCGGGGCCUGGCAGCCAGGCCUUGCGGCUGAAGGUGCGGCUGCAGCUGCUGUAG